AUGUUAUAAGUUUGUAUAAGAGUUCGUCCUCUUUUAAAACAAGAAAAAAAGUCAUAAUGGUUUGUCAAUAAGAAUAAUAUAAACUCAUAAAAUAAAUCAUUUACGUUUGAUUAAGUAGAAUGUGAAACAAGGACUUAAACUCUAUAUAAUAAAAUAGCUAAAGAAAAUGUUAAGAAAGCAUUAAAUGGAUUUCAUACAACAAUAAUGUGUUAUGGUUAAACAACAUCUGGAAAAACAUUCACAACUUUAGGUACUCAUGAUAACCCUGGAAUAUUACCAUGCGCUUUAAGAGAUGUAUUUUUGGAUUAAAAUGUUAAAUGUUCAAUUUAGUAUGUGUAAAUAUAUAACGAAAUAAUUGAUGAUCUUUUAGAUCCAAAAUGUACAUCUUUAUAAGUAAUAAAUGAUUAAAAAUGGGGUACAACUUUAUAACUAAAGUAAAUUGGAGUUAAAAGUUUUGAUUAAGCUAUAGAACUAUUAAAUGAAGGUGAAGAAAGAAGAAUAUACAGAGAAACUUAAAUUCAUGAUAAAAGUUCACGAUCACAUACAAUUUUUCGUAUUUUUAUUGAAAAUGGAUCACGAUAUUCUUGUUUAAAUAUAGUAGAUUUAGCAGGAAGUGAGAGAGUUUCAUCAGAAAAUGAUAUUAAUCAUGAGACAGGUUAUAUAAAUAAGAGUUUAUUAGCAUUAACAAAUGUUAUUAAUUAAUUAACAGAAUAAAAAUAGCAACAUAUUUCUUAUAGAGAUUCAAAAUUAACAAGAUUAUUAUAAAAUUCAUUAGGAGGUAAUUCUAUUACAGUUCUUAUUUGUUGUAUAUCUCCAGGAAAUAUUACAUAAACUUUAUCUACAUUAUAAUUUGCAUAAAGAGCAAAGACUGUUAAAAAUUCUCCUAUUAUAAAUGGUGAGAAAUAGAUAUAAGAAAAUUUUGAUUAAUAAUAUUAAAGUACUUGCAAUUAAAAUUUCAAUAUCUUUACUUAUGUUUAAUGUUUAGAAAAAUCAAACAAGUCUUAUUUUUAAGAUCUAGUUAGAUUAGAACAAUAGUAUUAAAAGAAAUAUGGUGAUCUUCUUUAAUAAUAUCGUAAAGAUUUAAAUAAAUUAACAGUAAAUUAAUAAAAUUUAUAAGAAGUAAUAUAAAUUUUAGAAAAAAAUAUUUUAAUAAGUUUAGAAGAGAUGAAAUAAAAUAUUAGAUUAAUUAAUGAAGAUUAAUAAUAUAAAUUAUUAAUAUGGGGAUCUGGAUAAGAUGGGAGAUUAGGAUUAGGUGAUGAAAAAAGUUGUAAAAUACCAAAAGAAAUAAAUAAUUAUAAAUUUUCAUAAGUAAGUUGUGGAUUUCAUCAUACAUUAGCUAUAUGUAAUGGAAAUAUAUAUGCUUGGGGAAGAGGUUUAAAAGGAUAAUUAGGAUUAGGAAACUUUGAAACAAUUUUAUAACCAACAAAAAUAGAGAAUUUAAAAAAUGCAACAUAAAUAGCUUGUGGAUGGUAACAUAGUUUAGCUAUCUGUGAUGGUAAUUUAUAUUCUUGGGGUUAUGGAGAAGAGGGAUAAUUAGGAAAUGGAGAUUGUUAAACAAUUAAUUAACCAAUUUAAAUUUAAGAAGAAGUUGAUAGUAUAUAUGCUGGUCAUUCUUAAAGUGGAUUUAUGAAAGAAGGAAUGUUAUAUACUUUUGGAAAUAAUUAAGAUGGUAGAUGUAUGAUAGAUUCUAUAGGAAUUCUUUCAGAACCAGAAUAAGUACCUUUGAAUGAUAUAAAAUCAGUAAGUUUAGGAGUUUCACAUAUGGGAGUAGUAACUAAUGAUGGUUGUGUAUAUAUGGCUGGAACUUCUGUUGAUGGUUAAUUAGGAACUUUUAGUACAGAUGAUGAAGUAGCUACUUGGUUUACAUAAUUAGAUAAAUUUAAUCAUACUAACAGAGCAUCUUAAAUUUAAUGUGGAGAUUCUUUUACAUUAGUUUUAAAUACUAAAGGAAUUAUUUAUGCUUUUGGUAAAGGUUCAUUUAAAAGAUUAGGAUUAUCAACUACUGAUAAUAUUUAUGAACCUACUCCUUUACCUAUUGAAGGUCACUAAAUUGUAGCUGGAUGUAGACAUGCUUGUUCUAUUACUCAAAAUGGAUAAGUAUAUAUGUGGGGAUUUAAUUUUCAUAAUUAACUGGGGCUAGGAUAAGAUGAUUUAGAUUAAGAACCCAUUUUAAUUUAAAUUAAUAAUAUUAAAUAAAUUUCACUUGGUUAUUUCCAUUCAGCAGCUUUAGUUUAAAAUUGA